UCUGUGCAUAUACUUUUAAACGAUUCCUGGCAGGACCAGGAAAAUUUCAGAACUUUUGAGGUGUUGAUAACUUAAUAAAUAUCUGACAUCUCCGCAGUUUUAAUUUGUAGGUUUAAUUACCCUGUCUGCAGUUUACAACUAUUGUCCUUCAAAAAUGAGUCUAUCAGCGAACUUAUACUGAACUGUUACUGUUUUCAUAGCUACCCCUUUCAUUGUAUAAGGCCAGUAUUUUCUCAGACCAAAUUUAAAGCUCUUGUUCUUGCUCCUUUCAAAUAGACGAAGACAAACAUUCGGACCUGGGAAUCUGUGGGCUGGGCUUCAUAAAACCUGGAAAGUGUUCCAAACUUUUGGGGGUUAAUGUAUAAAAGGAUGGGAUCAUACACUGCCUACGCAAAAAUAAGCAAGAUGAAGAACCGUGACGAGGUUUUCAGUGGGCCGCACAGUUUCAGUCAUCAACCAGGUGGUUGUAGCCCACGCCUACCCAGCUCCUCGGAAUCUCGGGUGGGCGAGCGUGCACGCCCCUCGCCGAGUGCUUCCGGGUAACGGCGGAAGUAACUUCCGGAGCAGCAUGGCGGCCACUGAGGAUGAGCGGCUGGUGGGGAGCGGCGAGGGAGAGCGACUAGACUUCUUGCGGGACCGACACGUGCGGUUUUUCCAGCGCUGCCUUCAGGUUCUGCCAGAGCGUUAUUCUUCGCUCGAGACCAGCAGGUUGACAAUUGCAUUUUUUGCGCUCUCUGGACUAGAUAUGUUGGACUCCUUAGAUGUGGUGAACAAAGAUGAUAUAAUAGAAUGGAUUUACUCCCUGCAGGUUCUUCCCACAGAAGACAGAUCAAAUCUAAAUCGCUGUGGCUUCCGAGGCUCUUCGUAUCUGGGUAUUCCAUUCAACCCAUCAAAGAGUCCUGGCACAGCUCAUCCAUAUGAUAGUGGUCACAUAGCAAUGACCUACACUGGCCUUUCAUGUUUAGUUAUUCUUGGAGAUGAUUUAAGCCGAGUAAAUAAAGAAGCUUGUUUAGCGGGUUUGCGAGCCCUUCAACUGGAAGAUGGAAGUUUCUGUGCAGUACCUGAAGGCAGUGAAAAUGACAUGCGAUUUGUGUACUGUGCUUCCUGUAUUUGCUAUAUGCUCAACGACUGGUCAGGCAUGGAUGUGAAAAAAGCCAUCAGCUAUAUUAGAAGAAGUAUGUCCUAUGACAAUGGGCUGGCACAGGGAGCUGGACUUGAAUCUCAUGGAGGAUCCACCUUCUGUGGUAUUGCAUCCCUAUGCCUAAUGGGUAAACUAGAAGAAGUUUUUUCAGAAAAAGAACUGAACAGGAUAAAGAGGUGGUGUAUAAUGAGGCAACAAAAUGGUUAUCACGGAAGACCUAAUAAGCCAGUGGACACCUGUUACUCAUUUUGGGUGGGCGCAACUCUGAAGCUUCUGAAAAUUUUCCAGUACACUAACUUUGAGAAAAAUAGAAAUUACAUCUUAUCAACUCAAGAUCGCCUUGUAGGAGGCUUUGCCAAAUGGCCAGACAGUCAUCCAGAUGCUUUGCAUGCAUACUUCGGGAUCUGUGGCCUGUCACUAAUGGAGGAAAGUGGGAUUUGUAAAGUUCAUCCUGCUCUGAAUGUAAGCACACGAACUUCUGAACGCCUUCGUGAUCUCCAUCAAAGCUGGGAAUCCAAGGACUCUAAACAAAGCUCAGAGGAUGUCCAUGACUCCAAAUGACUUACUUUAAAUGGGGAGGUAGGGGUGGUAGGGGUUUGUAGCAUAACUGUAGCUCAAGGUUAAAAGCCAUGUAUAAUCAUGUGUGCUCUGUUUUUUAAGGGGUAGAGUUACAAUCAAAGCUUGUACUGAUACCACUUGAUAUGGUCUCAAGCCAGUAACCUUUGUACUAGGUUUCAAGAAAAUCUUUGUGAAGUUUGAACCACAGUGGAUUCUAUUAUGGCUCAUAAAUGUUUAUACUGUAUUUCUAAGAAGUUCUUUGAGGAAAACAAAACUAUAUAUGUAGGUUAUCUUUUUUUAAAACCCUUCAGUACAAAUUUUAUCUUAUAAAAUGAACACAAAUCUUCAAAACAAGUUUACAGUUCAAAUAGCAUUGAUAAUCUUCAGGUGAGCCCUUAGAGAAUAUUUAAAAAUAUUGACUAAUAAUGGUAAAAAUUUGCUUUAAUGAAUUAAUCAUGUAACAUUAUUAAUUGAAAACAAAUGAUCAUAUAAUUUUUUUAAAGAAUGAUGUAUUUUGUCUAAAGUGUGCCAAUUAAACUUAUGUGACUUAUAUAAAUGAAAGUAAUAACUUCGUAGUAAGAAUAAAUAGGUUUAACUAAUACGAUAAUUUUCUAGAGAGAAGUCUAUUAUGUAUUAUAGGGGAAGUAAUUGAAUUAUCUGUGAUACUAUGAAUGAGAAAGUUUUAUUGUGUCAGUGUCCUUAAUUAGACAUUGCUGGGGUGAGUAUCAGUUAACUCUUUAAAAUCUCAAUCAUUAGUUGCCUUUUGUGGACACAAAGAAGUGAGUCUUUCUUAUCUAGCAGGAAAGACAUUUAGUGUUUCUGUUUGUUUUUCUGAGAUUUGUGAUACUAUAAACUGUACUUUUAUAGCUGAGUUAUUUUUAGCCAUUUGGGUUAUUUCUUUUUUUUUAUUUCAUUGCCACCAGUUUGUCAGCCAGUCUAAUUUCAAACUAUUGGGUUGAGCAUCCCUAGUACAAAAAUCCGAAAUCUGAAAAGAUCAACAUUCAAACUUUGGCACUAAAAGUGGAAAAUUCCACAUUUGACCUUAUGUGACGGGUCAUAGUCAAAACAGAGGGACCCAAAAUAGAUUAUAGAAAAUUGCCUUCAGCCAUGUGUGUGAGUAAUGAAUGAAACAUGAAUUUAUUCUGUAUUUAGACUUGGGUCUCAUCUUCAGGUGUGUGUAAGUAAAUAUUUUAAAAUUUUAAAGCCAUUUAAAAUCUCAAACACUUCUGAAAUGGUCCCUAUCAUUUUGAAUAAGAGAUACUCAGCCUGUAAUAAUUGCAUAAUUUUUUUCAAAGUAAGUAAAUAAAAACAUGUAAAUACAAAAAUAAAACCAGUCAAGUAAAUUCAGUGGUACAACUUCACACAUAGUCACAUAUUUUUAUAAUUCCAGAUCAGUGGGAGGGAAAGGUAACCCUUUAAGAGGGUAAUAACUAGGGUUUCACUUUGCUUACUGGUUUGUUUUGUUCUUAAUUCUAUGAACUGGCUAAUCAUAAAAGAGAUGGUAUAAAAUCUCUUCAUUAGUAACCAGCUUGUCAGAUCACAUCCUUUGUGUGAUGGCAUUCAGAAGUUUGAGUCUCAUACUGAAAAGGAGAAGGAAAUCUCACUGAAGGAACUGGGUUUAAGUUAGUCUUGGUAAAAUUAAAAUUGAAUUAUUUUAUGGAUGUCAAUAUAAAAAUUAUAUCAGAUUGUAACAUUUUAAAUUUAUUUCCUAAAUUAGAGGGAAAAUACCCUAACAUAAUCAUUCUUCCCAAGGGAAAUCUAGUAUAUACUUAGAAAAGUGCUUGUUAUUGGCAUGCUUAGUUUAAUGCUGAAUUGUAAAGGCAACUAUUUUUUUAACUUUUAAUGUUAAAAAAUGUUAAUAGGUCUGGGAUGAUGCUCAGUGGUAGAGCACUUAACUAGCAUGUGUGAGGCCCUGGGUUCAAUCCUCAGCACCACUAAAAACAAUUUUUUUUAAAAUUACAAAUCUUCCAAAGAUGAAAAAGUAGGAUUAACAAUAUGUUAUCUUUCCACAGAUUAUUACAUCUGUAUCUCAAACUAAGCCAUCCUUUAGACACUGAGAGUUAAAACAACUUGUGUAUAAUGACUUUAGGAGUUUAUAAAGCCCACAUUGUUUUUUCUGAGUUACCCUAUGAGAUUAAAAGGUAAUAAAAUAAUAUUAAUUAUGUUUAUGAAUGAAAGUUAGAAAAUAAUUCUAGCUCAAGUAAUUCAUAAAACUAUUACAUAUUUUUUAACUCCUUGAGUAAUUUAAUAGCAAAGGAAUAUUAGUGAUAGAAUUGUUCUAGUUGAUAUACUUGGGAUUCAGACCCUUCGGAAACUUUAUGGACCAGUGAAUGUUCAUGUUUCACAGAAACAUUGACCAAAAAAUACUAGGACUUUAUGGAUUGUGGAAAAAGCUCUUCUUGUUUCUAAAUAGUUACUUAGAAGAAAAAUAUUUAUUAAUAAAUUAUAAGCAAUAUUCCACAUAUAUGCUCCAUCCUUUAGCAGUAGUGACAUAAUAAGAAAAGACUCACCAUCUCAAACAACUGUCCCCUAGUCUAACUUCUCCCCUUCCUGCUUAGCAGUAUUUUUUUUAUAACAAGAAAAGCUGCUGUUAACCUAUUUAUCAUGUACAGUGUUUUUAGAGUUGACCAGUGAUACAUAUUUGGUAUUUGUUAGAUUCUUACUUAUAAGUAAAAUAAAGUCAAAUAGAUGGUGCUGAUAGUGGUCAUAGUUUGAUAACUGUUGGACCUGAACAUAGUUAAUAGACAGUGAGGAAGCAGCAGCAGCACUGGAAUCAGACGAGCUGCUUUACAUCCCGCAUGUGCCAGUUCAACAGGAAAGUAGUAAAACAGCUCACCAGGUUGAUAGAGGACUAAAUGAGACAGUGCAUAAGAAGCAGGUAGCAGAGUAUCUGAAAUAGAGCAAAUGCCUAGUCAUGCUUUCUGUCAUAAUUCUCAUAAAGUUAGUGUAAAACCUCUUUUCUACAAUAAAGGUCUUCACAGUUUAAACUCAGGGAACGUGAUAGCAGUACAGUAAUUUAAUCUACUUAUAAAAACACAGAAUAACUAGGACAGCCACAGACAUUGUCUACAGAACAGGAUGACAAAUUAUGAAUCUUAAAAUACAAAUAAAUGAGAACAAACCAUACCCAUAGCGUUUCUGCAUUUUUGUGGAAGUAGAAGACAACUGGUUUGUAAAGCCUCAAGCUGUAGAACUGUAUUACCCAGUUUCUCACUGCAAAGUACAGUAGGCCAGUCUGAGAACCCUGCUGAAAGUGGGAAGGGUUUCCACCUUCAGGGGUUAAAGCUGUACGGUAAGAUCUGAUGACAAAUGAGAGCUGUCUGAGCCUCAUACUAUACUAUGUUCCUCUUGAAAUUCAUGAGAGAGCCCAGAACUGGGGAGAAAUUGCUACAAGUAAAAUCCAGAUUGAACAGGACAAGUGCAAUAUGACAGAAGGAAGAAAGAAAUGGCCAAGGUAAAUGUUGGAAGGAAGGCCAGUAGGCACAUUAAUGUGGACAUGCAUAAUCAUGCAAAUCACUGUGAAAAAAAAAAGGUAGCUCUAGCUCCAUGGAACUAGAAGAGGCAGUAUCUAGAGACAGAAACUGGAGUGUCCCUUCAUGCUAAAAGCACAAAAAAAUCCAUUUCCACUUAAAAAAAUGAGCAGGAUUGCAGUUCUCAAAGUUAGUGUAAGAAGAAAAUAAGUAGCUCCCCACGCCCAAAAGACAAAAAACACUUGCAGAGACAUGACUAAAAGACAGAUGAAAAUGUAAUACUUCAAAAGUAGUUAACAGUAGGAAGUUAAUAGUAAUUUAUUGUGCUGUCAGGAACCUUAAAACCUACAGUAUGAAAUAACAGUAACAAAAAACAAGCAGAAAUUAGUCCAGAUCAAAAGUAAAAGAAUUAAUAGAAAAAUCAAAAAAGUGGAACCUACCUGUAAUUCAAAAGCUGGUUUUUUGGUAGAGCUGGCGGGCGGAACUCAGAGACAAACUGCCACCUAACCUAUGUAAGAACAAAAUGAGAAGCACAACCAGAAAAACUUAAAUGAUAAGGAGGACCUAACCAUAAAACAGGAAAUUUUUUGAGUAGGCUACUUUAAGAAAUUUUAUACAGUAAACAAGAGCAAGCUGGGCAUGGUGGCUCACUCCUGUAAUCUCAGCACUUGGGAGGCUGAGGCAUGAGGAGCAUUGCAAGUUUGAGACCAGCCUGGGGUACAAAGUGAGCUCAAGGCCAGCCUGAACUGCAUAGCAACACUUUUUCUCAGAAAGAAAGGAAAGAAAAGAAAAAGAAAGAAAUUAGAAUAUUAACUUUUUAAACAAAAGUCCAAAUUGCCAAAAAAAAAAAAAAAAAAACAAUAAUUCAGUCCCACACUGUAAAUCUAGCAAACUUUUAAGAUUAAAUAAUCCUACUGUUGCUCAAACAAUCCGGAGACUAGAAAAAAAUCUCGAGCCUUAAAUUGCCAAGAAAAGAAAGAAUUCCAAAUUCAUUUUGUAAAAUGAAUAUAAUAGUGUUGAUUGAAAAAUCUGACAAAGAUUGUAUCAAAAGAAAUUAUAGGCCAGUCCAAAAAAAAGUUCUAAUGAUUUAGUAGCAAGUAACCCAGCAGCCCUUUCAAAGGAAAAUAAUCAUGACUAAGCUGAGUUUAUUACAGGAAUGCAAGAAUUUGAUAUUAGAUGAUCUUAAUAUUCAUAUUGAGAUUUUAAAUUAUGUGAUUAUCUCUGUACAUAAGAGAUUUGAUAUAAUUGAGAACUUAGUAAAUAUACUCUGUAAGUAGAAAUUGAUGAGUAAUGUAUCAACAUUAUACCUCUGCUUAAAAGCCAGCACCUUAAUAUUGAAACAAAAGAGGCAUUUCAACUAAAGUCAGGAACAACAUUAAGCCCACUAUCCUUUACUAUUUAACAUUGUGUUGGGAGUUUGAGCCAAGGAAAUUAGACAAAACAAACAGGAAUUUAAAAAAAAACUAUCUGCAGACAUUAUAUUUCUGGAAAUCCCAGAGGGAUUUGUUGAAAAACUAUUUUAAAAACUUAGUUGAUCAAGUGACAUUAGCCUUCACCAAAUAAGGGCACAUAUUCUGAUUCCAUUUAGUAGAAAUACAGUAUUGGGUAGGCAGAGUUUACAUACGCUAUCAGAAGUCAGCCUCUUGUUCACCUCUUCCCUUCCCAAGGCAAGUGCUAUUAUGACUUAAUUCAUCAUCAGUUUUACCUUUUUUGAACUUUAUGUAAGUGUAUAUUGUGUCCAUUAUUUUUUAACCUAGCUUCUUUGGCUCUGGAAAACAAUACAAGGGGACUCUGGUGCUGGUAAUGUUCUGUUUCAUGAUCCAGGUGCUGGUUACAUAGGUGCAUUCAUUUUAUGAAUAUUCAUCAAGCUGUACACUUAUGAUUUGUGCACUCUUCUAUAAUUAUACUUCAAUAAAAA